AUGAGUGUGCGUAGCGAUAGCGGUCAUAGCCGCAACAGCAGCACGGCAAGCAGCGGUCUACCACCACCUCCUCCCCCUGGAAGUGCUCCUAUGCCGCCCAACAUCAGCGCAGCGCGCUUUUCGUUACUGGACCACGUGUCUCCCGAAGUGACACCGAGUAAUCCGCUACAUCAAUUGCUACAGCAUCAGCCGCAGCUUCCCCCCGCACCCCUUCCGCCCUAUUCCAUGGGUGGUCCUAGCCAGUUUAUCCAGCCUUUUCCUGCCUCAUCCUCCACUUCCAUGCCAAUGGUUAGCUCUCACAUGCGCUCCAUGCCUUCGAUGGUCUUGCCAAGCGCGUUAUCGCCUCAAUUUCAGCAAAAUGUAGGGACCUUUCCGCCGCCAAGACCGGCUCCGCUACCUCCCUCCUUUUCCCCAUUCCAGCCAAUGCCUGGUUUUUCUUCGACCAGUGGUGGCAUGUUUCCUUCUGCUUCGCGGAGUGCGGCUGCUAUGACAAUAGAUAGCAGUCGUAACAAUGACUUCGGUGCCUCCGCCUCUAGCUCAGUGGCAGGAUCCCCUAGACGUGCAGGCAGUGCCACUGGAUUUGGAGCUGCAGAUGUUCCCACAACACCUCCUGGGGUUGAGAUUUUCGGGAAGGAAGUAGAGUAUCACUCGCGUGGAGAGAAUGUCCCCGGUGAGAGCAGAUCACUAGAAGUUAUGCCAAUUACGCUGUACAAUUCAGAACGUACGUCGCAACUUGGGAACUUGAUUUCGGUAAACGAGCACUAUAUUUCAUAUCCAAUCAGGAAUGGGUUGAUACGUGUGAUUAGUCAAAAUUCGGUUGAUCGCCUCUUGCUUAGAAAGCACGAACACCACGCGGUAACAGAAUUGGCGUUCUUUGACUGCAGGUCAGAAUUAAUGUUGAGUUCCGGAACAGAUCACCAUAUUGCAAUUUGGACGAUUAAAAAUGACCCAAUGAGUCGCGAAUUGAUUAAACUGCUGCCUACACAGGCCCAACGUGUUAAAUGGCAUCCAUCUGAUUCGAACAAGAUUGCGGUCGCCAAUGGUAGCGUGGUAUUUAUCACCGAGCUGUCGGGAGUUAGUGCUGAUGGCUCUGGAGCUCAAAACUUGUAUGACAUUAGUGUUGUUUGUGGCCAGAUGUCCGGCCAGAUUAAUGAUAUGGCAUUUUCGCCUGGAAGGGGCGAGUGUAUAAUAACAGCUGGCAAUGAUGGAUUUGUACACGUAUAUCGCAUUCAAGGAAAAAUUUCUGGGCAAGCUGCUGAAUUCAUCCAGCGCUUUGAGCCAUUUAGCGGUGCAGCUGUCAACAGUUUACAUUUUUUUGGUGGCAAUUAUAUGAAUCAGCCAGGCCUUUUUAUUGGUGGCGAAUCAAACACUCGCUUGUCGUUGUGGGAUGUUCCGCUGACAGAGAGUACGCUUCCCAUAUGUAAUCAGAACGUAAAGUUGCGGGAUGAGACCCAUGUGGAUUCGUCAAUGAUUUAUGAGACGAUAUUAGACCCAACUACUCAAUUCUUGUUCGUGGCUGAUCGUGCCAAGCCUCUUAUCUAUGUCCUCCACCUGGCUCCUAGUUCAGAUGUCCGCUCAGCUCGUCGAUUUGACAAUGUAACAGAGUUCACUUUAGCAUAUCCUGUGCUCAGUAUGGGCUUGCUGAACCGUAUGGGUCAGAGUCAGCCAGCACACGAUCGUAGCGAUACAAACUCCGCACUGGGUGGACUCAAUUUCAUCAUGCAGCUGUAUUGUCUACAGACACAGGCAAUUCAGCGGUAUCAUGUCGGGGCUCAAGAAUGUUACUAUUCUGGUGUGCGUGGAUCUAUUGAGGAUGAAGUUGAGACUGGUGAAAAUGUUGGACAAACGGUAGGUGCUGUGACAACCGAAGGAGAGGGACCAUUUCAGACUACAGCUGAGUCGCCACGCGCUACACCUGCGCUUACAAUAGCUCCUGAGACAGAAAUUGAUGUUCGGGCUCCUGAAGAGAAUGAUGGCGAAGAAUUUGAUGGUAGUACCGACCGACAUGCCCCACUAAAUACGGGACUUCUACGGACUCCAACUUCACCAGGAGCUCGAAGUACUCGAAGCACUCGUAGUGCUGGUGUUCGGUCGCUGCAGUUAGCAACAGGUGAUGAUGUAGGGUCAGUUGGAGAUGAUGGACAGCCUCCUAGCUUGCGAUAUUACAACCGCUCGUCUCCGUCGUCUUCAGUUCGUGCACUUCAAGAUGAAGGUUCUGUACAGUAUGAGCCUUCUAUUGAUGAUACGUUAAGCGAAACUCAGCAGCAAUCGCUUCUCACUUCUCUUCGGCGUAUGGAGGUGGCACAGCUCCAUCGCGAUGAGGAGCUUCGUGAACAGAUGCGCUCGAUACUGGGCAGCGUAGGCAAUCAUUUGACACAGCAGGUUUCUAUUCAGGUUGAAAAAUCCAUUCAAAAGCAGCUGCAAACUGUGUUAGUUCCCGCUAUGGGCCGAAUUGUGCUGCACACUAUGGAAAAUAAUUUUAUGAAGCCGGUACAGAAUGGAUUUCAGCACGUGAUUAGCGAAAAGCUUAUCCCGCUAAUCGAGCAAAAACUGGAUAACUCAUUGGCAACGUCGCUGCCUGACCAGCUGGCUAACGGUGUCGAUGAAAUGGUACAACGCGUAGUUGAAGAUGUCCGCCAGCCUGUGCGCGAGUCGUUUCGUGAGUGUUUUCAGGACAUUUUGAUUCCGUCGUUCCAGGCUGCUACUCAGAAAAUGUUUGAGCAAAUCAAUGACACUUUCGUGCACGGCACUCGAAGUGCAUUUGAGAGUAGCGGGCAAAGUAGCAGCAACGCAAAGGUCGCAAAUCAACUGGAACAAUUAACAAAGGUAGUGGAAAGCUUGUCCAAUAGAGUCGAGCAACUCAGUUCAGCAGUCGUCACUGGAGGCUCAAAUGGAGCAAUUGUCCCCGCUGCCAAAUCUAUCGAGGAGAUUCAUUUAGAAGCACAGAAGAACACGGUCCUGGACUGUCUUUCACGCAACGAUUGGGAAGAGGCGUUCAAAUUUGCACUUGGUGCUCAGAACGUGAAGAUCGUGGCGUUUGCGUGCCAAGAAUGCGACCCUCGACUCGUUCUUAGCAGCCGUCCGCCCAAGCUUUCGCAGAUGCUAAUUUUGUGCCUGGUUCAGCAAUUAGGUGCUGACCUCGUUGACGACCUAGAAACAAAACUAAACUGGCUGCGCGAGUCCCUUCUAGUUAUGGAUGUGAGCGAUCAAACAAUCGCGGGAUUUGUGACUAGUGUUCUACAAGAACUGCAGUCCAGUCUAAAUAGCGUUCCGGCGCAGUAUCGUGACUCGCAGUACACGCUACUUUAUCAUGUAUUGAACUCAAUGCUAAAUUUAGCGUAA